AUGCCUUCCGAAAGAACGCAACAACAGUCGAUGCAAGAGCCAUGUCAGACAUUGGAAUACGCUACACUGGUUUGCCAGCUAUACCAAAGCCUAUUUCCACACCAAGAGUCAUGGCGCUUCCAGCUCAGAAUAAUUCUUUCUAUCAUGGAUCAAUUCCUAGGCCCAGAUAUCCCACAAGAGCAACGCAAAUCGAACAACGAGGUUUUGAUCGAGUCUGGCCUUAUCGAGGAAAUCCUGAAGUUCUUGGACUACUUCAGAGACAGGGAGCGUUUUCUCCAAUCACAAUGUCCGGUCGAAUUGGGAGAAUGCGAAACACUGGAUCAAGUAAUCCAGGUUCUGCACCGUCCAAAGAUACUCGAGUCGAUUAUGCUGGUAAAGAGUUUCGUGUUCCUCGAUGAUCGACUACACUUUCCGUCGAUUUGGCGUCGAUUGUGGGGUGGGAGUGUAGAGGCUUUGCAUAUGAACAUGCAGAGUAUAACACAGCCACAAGCACGUGAAGGCGAGGAAAAUCGAGACGAUGGCAAUGACAACUGGAAAUCCAGCCUUCCAUCUCAUCCGAAGCCAUCAGGAUUUGAUCGGGAUGUAUGGCUCUUGCGGGAGCCCGACACGUUCGAUAUCCUCGGGUCCAUCCUGUAUCCCGGGGUCUUUGAUGCUUAUAUUUCAGACAAUCGUCAGGCCUCGAGAGACGCUUCCUGUUCAGACCCAAGCAGAAACACGCAGAUGGAGUGGCUCCCAUCCGAAAGACAAGGCUCUACGGAGAGACCUCACCUAGUUGAUGGCACAGAGCUAUGCCUGCCAAUCCGACGAAGAUCGAGUCCAACGAGGCAGGGAAGUCGAAGACGACGUGCUUCAAAUCGUGCUUUGACCAGAGGUCCUCCACUUGGAAGGCACCAUCGAAGAAUUCUUGCUGCUCAAGCCGCCCAGCAAACACAAUCUCGCGUCAUUUUCCUUAGAGCGUUGAUACGCAGAACAGAACUGGAAAGAAGAUCGCGCACCGGGCAUUUGAAAGGUAAAGACCGCUCCAUGGUUCAAUAUAUCCUGUGA